CGGUGUCAACAUCCUGGUGACGUAACCAGUUUUUCCAAAAUGGCGACGGCGGAUCACAGAGAAGGUCAGGACGACCCAGAGAGUGAAGAUGAGGUGUAUGAGGUUGUGGACCUGACUGAAUAUGCCCGGAGGCACCAGUGGUGGAGCAGGGUGUUUGGGAGCAACUCGGGCCCUAUUGCUGAGAAGUACUCUGUGGCAACCCAGAUCGCAAUGGGAGGGGUGACUGGAUGGUGUACUGGUUACCUCUUCCAGAGGGUUGGGAAGAUUGCUGCAACCGCUGUUGGAGGAGGGUUCCUUCUUUUACAGAUCGCCAAUCAUAGUGGCUACGUGCAGGUGGACUGGAAGAAGGUGGAGAAGGAUGUUAACAAAGCAAAGAAGCACCUGAAGAAGAAAGCAAACAAAGCGGCCCCUGAAAUAAACACAUUCAUUGAGGAGGUAAAGGCCACGGACUUUAUAAAAAGGAACAUCGUCUUGUCCAGUGGGUUCGUUGGCGGCUUUUUUCUGGGUCUGGCCUCCUAAUGUCGCUGCACAAGCCGCAGCCUCCACUUACUGUGAAUGACAUCACUACAUGGGUCACUCUCCUCUCCAUUGUUUACCCGUCGGCCCCACGUUGGCAUCGAUUCACCUUCUAACGAACUGUACAGAGGGAGGGGGGCGUUAUGUUGAACUUUAAAGCAUGAUCUGUUGUAUUAACGCUGUUACGUUGUUCUACUCCCCCCGGUUAUAAAUCAAUCAUAGCUAAUGAUUUCCUUUUUUGGAGGACAAAGUGCACACUCUGAGGUGUGCAGUGGUUGAGUAGAGAAUCAGAGUUGAUUUGAACUGUGACUUUCUUGAGAGGGACCCGCAAUGGAUCUUUGCCAGACUGCUGAAUAUGUCAAGCUGCCAAAAACAAGCACAGCGUCCUCGUUGCUUUUUCAAACCCUGAUCUGAGUUUGUCCAUCCCCUUUCUGUUUUUGCCUGGUGGACGCGGAUCUCAGAUAGUUGGCAUGCGUGGGCGCCAUUGCAAUUAUAUAGCCUACCCCUUGUUCAGAGGUGUAAAGACCCACACAAGGGUAGAUAUUAUAUAAACAAGGAAGGCAGCAGAGUGGGAAGUUAACACCAUCCCCCAGUCUAGUGCAUUUUUAUGUCUCCGUGAAGUUUAUGUGCCUAUUAAAGCGCGUAAGCAAACACAAUUCGGUUUUGAAAGUUGUCUUGGGGAUUUAAACAGUUAUGUUUCCACUCUGAGCAGGAGCUGUUAUUAAAAUACAACACAUAUCAUUAGCAUUAUUCACAACAAAAUGUUACAUCUGUGAAUAUUCUCUCCCUCUCUCUUUUAGUAUUAAAUACAGACCAUUUUAUUCCCUUACUCCUCAGCUCGACGAUGCCUUUUUAAUGACAGGAUAAGCAUCUGCUGCACCCUAAUUACCACAAUCGCGAGCUAGACACCAAAAGCGACACCAGUCCUGUCAUUAAAGAGCAUAAUGGAGCAGCGAUCGUGACUAAUGCGCCCUUUGCUUUUGUCAUUGUGCAUUUAGUAGUGGCAGUGUGGCAAUAACACAACAGGGAUGCUGGAGAGUCGUGCAUGUUCACAUCAUCUAAAUAGGACAGCAACACAUUGGAGUACAGUUAAUUUGAUCACGAGUUGCUGAUUUUCUUCUUUUUUUUUUGCCUUUUUCUAACAGUGCAAUAUUCCGUGUUACAUAAAGAUUUUUUUUUUAAGAGCUUGUUGUGUCCUUAACUGGCAUUUUGAAUGCUCAUAUUCCCUCAUUGUUUAUAUUUAAUGUUAUGUUGUCUGAGCUGUAUGAGCUUGGUUGGGUGUCUCUUUUAAAAUAAAAUUGCCUGAUUUUGUUUUGAUGAAAA